AUGGCUGCGCAACUCACUUUACUGUCCUCGCAGGAGCAUGCUCGGGUAGAAGACUAUCUGAAUGAUAAACUGCAGUCCGAAGAGGACCUCGAGAGCUUGGACUCGCUGCUACAGACUCUUCGUACACAGCAUGAGUUGCAACGCAAGCAGCUGGUGGAAGCGCAGGAGGCACUUGAAGAUGCUACGAAAGCCUCUAACGAUCAUCGCGAUGCGGUUCGAAAGCAAAUUGAGACGUUCAAUCGUGAACAAGCAGAUAUCGACCGGCGUCUAAUGAUUAUCACCCAUUCCGAAACCAGCGACGAAGCUGUGCGUAUAUUUGAAUCGAGUAUGGAAAAACUUCAAAGACUAGAUAUCGCGAAGGGUUAUCUAUCACAAUUGCAGGAAAUAGAGACAUUAAGUAAGAAUGCAUUGGAACAUGUGGAUAGUGCCCCAGCAUCCGCGAUACCUCCGUAUAAAUCCCUGCGAAUUAUCUCCACGUCGUUACAGACAGCUCAGGUCGCUGCGGAGGGCGCUGCUCCUCACCUUGUUGACCAUGCGGAACAGCUUGCGAAUUCGGUGAAGAAGCAGCUACAGGAUCGACUCAGUAGCCGAUUACAGAAGACACUUGAUAAGCUGAAGUGGCCCAGCAGGGAACUGGUGCUUAACGAUGGUUUCGUGCAAGAAUGGGCAACAAGUGUCGACUUAUUGCUUGACCUACAAGAACCUGACUUAAAAUCCUACUCCGAAUCAUCUACAUCCUUCCUCGAUGAAGAUGUACAAGUGCUUUUGCCACUGGAAAUUAUGGUGCAUCCACUGGAGCUCCGCUUCAAGUAUCAUUUCAGCGGCGCUAAACCAACCAAUAGACUUGAUAAGCCGGAGUAUUUCUUGUCGCAUAUUUCGGACCUGAUAAGUACCUACAUUGGGGUUUUCACGACAUAUUUACAGCCUAUACUAGAUCGACGAGCCGACAUCGUCGACGAAGGGUUGAAAUGGCAUUUUCUGAGUGCAAAUAAUGCCUUCAUCAUGUCUCUUCUUCCCAUGCUCAGAGGAAAAAUUGCUUCGUUCCUUCCACAAGUUGAGACAAGCCCACAACUACUCAGUCAUUUUGUUCACGAGCUCAUGAAAUUUGAUGAUGACCUUCGACAAACGUGGAAUUAUCUUCCGAAUCCUUAUUCGACUGAGAACUGGAAGGGACUCGCGUCGGAGAUCCUUACCCAACAGAACUGGUUUGAACGGUGGCUCCAAGUGGAGAAAGAGUUUGCUUUGUCUCGAUACAGGGAUAUCAUUGAUGCCCCUGAAAGCGGACAAAUUGACUAUGAUGGCGUUGAUGCCAAUGCCACGAAACCAACGAGUGCUGCCAUUAGGGUUAACGACCUCCUUGAAACGAUAACAGAUCUGUAUAGACCACUGUCCUCAUUCAGCCAGAAACUACGAUUUUUGAUCGAUAUUCAAAUCACUAUAUUUGAUCAGUUCCACGAACGUUUGCACUCUGGAUUGGAGGCCUACCUCGCAAUGACCUCCACUAUUGGACGUACUGUACAAGGUGGUGAUCAAGGGAAUCUGGAAGGAGUGGCUGGCCUCGAUCGACUGUGUCGAAUCUUCGGAAGUGCGGAGUACCUAGAGAAGAAGAUGCAAGAUUGGAGUGAUGAUGUCUUCUUUCUUGACUUGUGGUACGAGUUGCAAGAUCGAGUCCGACGAAAUCAAGGCGACGGAGAGAAUGUUGUAGGCCUAAUGUCAGUGGCCGAAGUCGCUCAAAGAACAUCUCAGGCGGUUGCUGAGACUAGCCAAGGCCGAAGCUCUGAGGGCGCAUUAUUUGACGAAACAGCAUCAGCAUAUCGCCGCCUCAGGUUACGCUCCGAAAGCAUCAUAGUAUCCACAUUCUCAUCCGAAGUCCACUCUUCUCUCCGGCCAUACUCUCGUGUGUCAAUGUGGUCUUCACUUUCCUCCCCUUCAGCAAGCUAUCCUCACCCGCUUACCUCUGAGCUUACCCCUACAGUUCGCAUUAUCUCCUCUAAUCUCUCCUUCCUUGCCCGCGCCUUAGGUACGGCUCCUUUGAGGAGGAUCAACAGACAAGUCCUUCUAUCCUUGCAAAGCUUUAUCCUGGAUAAUGUGAUCUUGCGUCAUUCUUUCUCCGCCGCCGGCGUGUCCCAGCUUACGAGUGAUAUCGAUCAUCUAUGUGGAGUCAUUGAUAGUGCUCUCGCACACCAUCCCUCACCGGCAGCUUAUCAAGGGGAAGCAAGUCGAGUCAUGCGAAAACUUAACGAGGUUCUGGUCCUCCUAGGUCUCAGAAUAAAACCCCAGAGCACCACCACCACCACCAAACGAGAUGAGAUCAGCGAGUUCCAUGAAAUCGAGUUAGGGCUAUGGGAAGUGGAAAGGAGACUGUUCGUCAAUAAUGAAAGCGCUCGCGAAGUUCUAAACGAGCUGGAAAUCGAAACAUUGACUGAGGCGGAAGCGAGAGCAGUACUGGAAAAACGAGUCGAAAUCCGCAGUUAAGCACAGAUACCCUAUCUAUCUAAUUUAUACAUAUCCAUUUAUACCUAGGUAGUAGAUAAAGCGUCAUAU